CACUGGUGGUGGUGGUCUCCCUCACUUGACUCCUCAGCUACCACCCCCGUCUCCCCCCUCCAUGUGGGCGGCCUCGAGCUCUGCUUAAAUCACAGCUGUGUUCGUUUGUUGGGUGAUCCGCCCCCCUGUCGGAUUCUUUCACCUCCGAGCUCUGGGACAGGGAGAUCUGUGGUGUCGCAGCCUCGCCUUUGUUGUACGCGCGCGUGUGGGCACUCAGCAGUGAGCUCCCGUCUUCCCCAGCCUCAUCCCCCCCCCCCCCCCCCCCCCCCCCCCCCCCCCCCCCCCCCCCCUCUUUCUUGCUGGAUCUGGCUCGCAAGAUCCGACCUUUCGUGCCUACCUUGGCUAAAGUUUCUCGCUUGGUUGGCUCGUGUUGACUGCUGAGAGGAUGCAGCACGACCAGAAGAAGAAGGCACCUUCAGAAAUGGAUUUUUUCACAGAGUACGGCGAGGGGAGCAGGUACAAGAUAGAAGAGGUCAUAGGGAAAGGCAGUUACGGUGUGGUUUGCUCUGCCUUGGACACUCAUACUGGUGAAAAGGUCGCCAUAAAGAAGAUAAAUGACAUCUUUGAGCAUGUGUCUGAUGCGACAAGGAUACUUCGGGAAAUCAAGUUGCUUAGACUCCUGCGGCAUCCGGAUAUCGUGGAAAUAAAGCAUAUUCUACUUCCUCCAUCAAGGAGGGAAUUCAGGGAUAUUUACGUUGUGUUUGAACUUAUGGAGUCUGAUUUGCACCAAGUUAUAAAGGCUAAUGAUGACUUGACCCCAGAGCAUUAUCAGUUCUUCUUGUAUCAGUUGCUUCGAGGUUUGAAAUACAUACACACAGCAAAUGUAUUCCAUCGAGAUCUCAAACCAAAAAAUAUUCUGGCAAAUGCUGAUUGUAAGCUCAAAAUAUGUGAUUUUGGCCUAGCAAGAGUAGCUUUCAGUGAUACUCCAACCGCGAUCUUUUGGACAGAUUAUGUUGCAACUAGGUGGUACCGAGCACCGGAGCUGUGUGGAUCAUUUUUCUCAAAGUAUACACCAGCGAUAGAUAUAUGGAGUAUUGGUUGUAUAUUUGCGGAACUAUUAACUGGAAAACCGCUUUUCCCGGGGAAAAAUGUGGUACAUCAACUUGAUAUAAUUACAGAUCUCAUGGGAACACCUUCUCCAGAAGCAAUAUCGAGGAUUCGUAAUGAGAAGGCCAGGCGCUACUUGAGUAAUAUGAGGCGGAAAAAGCCCAUACCUUUUACACAGAAGUUCCCAAAUGCAGAUCCACUUGCAUUAGGUUUGUUAGAGCGAAUGCUAGCUUUUGAGCCAAAAGACAGGCCAAGUGCUGAAGAGGCUCUUGCUCAUCCUUAUUUUAAGAAUAUAGCCAAUGUGGAUAGAGAGCCUUCUGCACAAGCUGUCACAAAGCUCGAAUUUGAGUUCGAGAGACGGAGAGUCACUAAAGAUGACAUAAGGGAACUUAUAUAUAGAGAAAUUCUUGAGUAUCAUCCAAAGAUGUUGAAAGAAUUUAUUGAGGGAACUGAGUCAAGUGGUUUCAUGUACCCAAGUGCAGUAGAUAAUUUUAAAAAGCAGUUUGCAUACCUUGAGGAACAUUAUGCCAAGGGAUCUACGGGAACUCCACCUGAGAGGCAACAUAACUCAUUGCCACGGCCUUCUGUUGUCUAUUCAGACAACCAAUCACAAAGCACGGCCAAUAUAACAGAGGAUCUUUCCAAGUGUAUAAUCAGAGAAAAUGCACAGAAGUCACAGCAAUAUAAUGCUUCAGUUGCAAAUAAAUUUCCAUCCCAUGUUCCUCAAGGUGCUGCUGCAAGGCCUGGUAAAGCAGUUGGUUCGGUGCUGCAGUACAACCUCUCUCAAGCAUCUGCUGCUGAGCAAUAUGAGCAGCGAAGGGUUGCUAGGCACCCAGCAGUUGCCCCAAACAACAUCCCUUCUGGAAGCUCAUACCCCAGAAGAAAUCAGACCUGCAAGAGCGAGACAGGCGACACUGAGAGGAUGGACGUGAACCAAGCUGGGCAGCCGAAGUCCUAUGCAGCAAACAAACUACCUGCAACUGUUGAUGGUCGCGGCGGCCAUUGGUAGAUCUCCGCGUUGUGUAACACGUUAUCAGCAUCUGUUACUUGUGCUAAGCGCUACAUUAUUCUGACAAAUUCAGAAAUGUAGUUCUGUACAGAUCCGUAUUCUUUCCCCGGAUUCCUAAGUACUGUAGAACGGUGCUCGAAAUCGCUGGGUUUCCACCUCCUGUCGCUAUUCAUUCACUGAAAGAUCUGCUGGCUGGUGGAGAUUUGUCAGACUGAAGUAUACUGGAAGCUCACUGGCAGCAGCGGGAACUCAAGCAAGCAGAGUUCUUGACUGACGUUGUCAUUUGUUCUUCAGCCUGGUAGGUCUAACGAGCUGAAUACUGUUAGUUCCUGUGAAUCAUCUACACGUCAGGUGCAGAAUUCUGUUGAGCUAGCUAGGAGGUGCAAGCAUGUUGUACGCUGAAUAUCAAAGUCAUUGAUCCUUUACUCAUGUUAUCUUGGUUAAACGUGAGAUAUAUGCUA